UUUUUAAAAGAGACGCGUUUGGAUACAUCCUUGUCUUCGUGCUUCCAGUUCCGGGAGGUGGCGAUAAUGCUCCAAAUGGUGGUGGCCAAUCGCUGGUACACACACAAGAAGAAGUAACAGUCAACGGGCAUGUCCGGUCCAGCCCACACAAACAAACAUGGCGAAUCACAGUCGUUGUUUACAAGUCUGUCUUCUCGCUUUGAGAACAUAUUUCAACAUUCAACGUAAUUUACUUCAACGUCUAUGUUCAGUUCAAAGGGCAUGUCACAAGCAACGUCUUCGCACAAGGCGACAGAUAGCCUUGGUGAUCAUGAAUAGACGGGCAUCUGUUGUUUGGACGCAUCCCCAAAAUCAAAAUUGGUGGGAUACCAUUGUACCAGAAUUCAGUCCGAAGCAGUUCAUCCAGAACUUUAAAGUCUCUCGGGGGUCUUUUGACUACAUCUACCGUCGUCUUAAGCAUGCAAUGGAAAGAAGGAACACCAAUUUCCGCUUGUGUGUACCUGUUAGAAAGCGAAUCGCCAUUGCCCUCUGGAAGCUGGCCACAGGCAACGAGUAUAAAAGUGCAAGUCAACUUUUUGGUGUAGGUGUCAGCACUGUGUUCAACUGUGUGCAGGACUUCUGCAAUGGUGUAAUUAAAGUUCUCCUGCCUGUACACAUAAAAUUCCCAGAUUCUAGGAAGCUGGUGGAGAUGGCAGAUUGUUUUGAAGAUCGCUGGAAAGUACCACAGUGUGUUGGUGUGAUAGACGGCAGCCACAUCCCAAUAAUAGCGCCUGAAGAGAAUCCUCGAGACUAUUUCAACAAAAAAGGCUGGCAUUCAAUAGUGAUGCAAGCAGUAGUGGAUGGGGAAGGAUUCUUCUGGGAUUUGUGUGUUGGCUAUCCUGGGAGUAUACACGACGCAGGGAUCCUAAGGCAUUCUCAGUUGUGGAACAUGUUGAAAGAUGGACAACUGAUGAGCCAAAACAAAAUAAACAUCUCCGGCCAUGAUGUCGGACACUACCUGAUUGGAGACUCGGCAUACCCCUUGCAAAACUGGCUCAUGAAGCCAUUUUCAGGCACAUUGACCCCACAGCAGUGCAGGUACAAUUUCAGGUUGAGACCUGCAAGGUCGGUUGUGGACAUGAGUUUUAGGAGGCUAAAGGCGCGAUGGAGGUGUCUCUUAAAAAGGAAUGACUGUAAGCUGGAUCUGAUAAAGAAGAUGGUAAUGACCUGCUGUGUGCUGCACAAUAUCUGUGAGGAGUAUGGAGACGACUUCAGUGAGGACCUUCCAGCCAUGUAUGUGAACAUGCAGCCCCCUGUCCAGGCAUUAUCUGAGCAUGGACAACCAGAAGGAACUGAUGUACAAGCUGCAUUGUUGGACUACUUUAACAGACAGAAAUAGUGAGAUUGUUCAAGCACCAGUACCUUUUUUUUUUUUUUUUUACUUGUUGGUUUUCUAUUGUUUUUCACUACUUCUUACUUGCCUAUGUCAGACCUGCCAACCUGUACGUAUUUUGACAUCAAAGUACGCUGGUACGAUUUGUCACUCAACGCAAAAAGCCGGUGAAUCCUUUGUGUUCAAUUGUGCAUGUGCAGUACACAAGUCUAACAGCAAGAGACAGCAGCGUCUAGCCUGCCGAAAAGCAAAAGAAGAAGAAGAGUUCGACCAAUCAUAACGCUGGGUUCAUUCCCCCAAAUAUCAAGUGGGGUUGAUGGACAAAUGUGUUAUGUCAAUCAUUUCAAGAGACUGCAAAUCGACAGCAACACAAAAUAGGUUUUAUCCCUCUUGUUCCCCCUCACUCCAUCUGGCUGGUUCUUCAAGUGAGGACGGUGCUUUUAACUCCUUUGCAAAGGUAAACGGGCUGGGGUGGAUGUGGAAAGUUGAAAUUGUGAAUUGAGUUAACUUAAUGUGGACCAGCCAACCUUGGGAAAAUAUUUAACAUUAAUAACGUUAGCCUAACGUCACAUAAUUUGCAAGCUAGCUUGCUUGUUCACCAGGCAUUUAAGUUGGCAAAGUAAUGUUAAGUUAUAUGGUCCUUGUGUCACAUAUUGUUAAACGUGACUUUUCAUAGUACCGUAUUCAUAAUUAUUAUUGCAGCCAAACCCAUCACCGUAAUGAGUGGAGCAGAUCAUGGCAGGAUGAAAAAAAAAAGCAAGUGCACGUGCCGCAUAAACAGUGUUGGGAAGGUUACUUUGGAAAUGUAAUAGGUUACAGAUUACAAGUUCCCCUAUUUAAAAUGUAGUAAGUAGUGUAACUAUUACUUUAUUAAUGUAACUGAUUACAUGUGAUUAUUUUUCUAAAUUUCUAAUGAAUGUUAUCAACUGUUAAUCAUUUUCAAACAUUUAAACCAGGCAGGGUUAACCUUACAGUAGUACUCAACACUGAUUACUGUCAGACUUUCAAAAUCCUUCAUCACUUGAAUUAAGAUUAUAAUAAUUUAAUUUUAAAGCACAGCCACCACAAAAUCAGACUUUAGCACCUCUUUUUACUUUGAGAUCGUUCUGAGGUUAAAUACAGAUUUAAAAUCAAAAGACACUCAAAAUUAAAAUGGGUUAGUGGUAAAGUUGCUUUGGCCAGGGGAGUCUGUUGGUGCCCUGAAUUUCACGACUCAGUGACCUCGUGAGUCAUUAAUGUAGGUUAUGCUACAAUGCUGAAAUGCUGAAACUGUAAUAUUAGAUCUGACAUGGCUACCAACCUUAUUCAAGGAUAGAAAAACAUCUAUUUAUGAAUUCUAUUCAUAAAUAGAAGUGUGGCUGGUAAAGACGUCUUUAGCUAGCUAGCAGACUAGCUAAUUUGUUAUGAAUGGAGAUUAACAUCGUUAAGUAAACUACUGGACAUGCACCAAGCAAUACAGAGCUAAAAUACAUCUUGAAUAUACAUUAGUAGCAUGGUGUGGCAGCCGGGCAAUGCCUUUCCUACUUUAUUUAAUGACUGCUUACAGUUAACUGUAGGCUAAGUUACAUACCUGCAAAUGCUUCCUCAGGUUCAACAUUGAAACCUUCGAUGUCGAUAGCAUUUUAAUAGUUGGCAAAUAUAUUUUGCACUGAACUGUUAUAUUUGUGCCCUUUUCUGAUUUCUGGCCCCCCAGAAGUUCCUCACAAAGUAUCAGGAGCAAUGGCUGUGCCUCCGCAAUUCAAAACUGCCAAAUCAUGCAUUUUGCACAUUGUGCAAUUAUGAUUUUGAUGUUAGCCACCAAGGAACUGCAGGUAAUAAUGUAGCUAAACCUGUAGUUACAAAGGCCUACAUGCCUAGCUAAUUUUUAAUCAAAUAGGCUACAUAUUUGUCAUUAGGCCUAUAUGAUGUGUGCCUAUAUAAGCUGAUUCAAUUAUUUAAUUAUUAAAUAAAAUGGAAAUCCUGAACAGAAACUUGUUUUAUUCAUAAUUGACAGUGUUUUACAUCACAACAUACGUUUUUUUUUUUUUUUGUUUUUUUUUUACAUUACAACAUAAGUUUCUGUAAAUACUUGAAAAUGAAAACAUAUGUUACAAUAUACAAAAUAAAUUAUUUCCAUUUUUAUUGAAUAAUUGAAUGCAAUUGACUUAUGGUUAACAGUUUGUAUAAGCACACAUAUACAAUGAAAUAUGAAUCAUGAAUAAAAAUUGGUUUUAAGCAGGUGUACUGAAACUUUUGACAUUCACUGUAUUAUACUAUAGCCCAGUGCAGUGCGAGUAAAAGAUUUAGAGUUAUUCAUAGGAAUAUUUGAUUGUAUUGUUUUCUUCAUAGCCGAUUUAUAUGUUGAAUAACUUGAUGAUAUGGCGGUGAGUGGGGAAAUGACCAUGUGCAAAGCGAAGUGGUGCGAAAGCAUGUGAAUUAAUUGUGGUACUCAAAAUAUUUUGCCAAGGUUGGCAGGUCUUCUGUGUUGUGAAUAUUCACUGAAUAAAUGAUCCAAAGGUUGAUAAACUCGUGCUCCUUCUGUUUUUCUCCUAGUUGACAUAUCGGAGUUACAAAUAGCAAGCCACCUCAAAUCUUUUUUAUGUGUAUCUAUUAAAAUAGCAUUAAGACUAUAUUGUUCUAGUAAGAGAGAACAAAACUAUCCAUAACUCAUUGGCAUAAAAUUAAUAUUCCGGGUUCGAUACAAGUUAAGCUCAAUCAACGGCAUUUGUGGCAUAAUGUUAAUUGACAAAAAAAAUAAAAAAAUACUUUUGACUCGUCCAUCCUUUAAAAAAGCAAAAAUCAAGGUUACAGGGAGGCACUUACAAUGGAAGUGUAUGGGGAAUGUUAAAAUACUCACUUUUUCUAAAGUAUAGCCACAAGACAUAAAGAAUAUGCAUGUUAACAUGAUUUUAGUGUGAUAAAAUCACUUACUAACCUUUUCUGUGUAAAGUUGUAGCCAAUUUUAAAACUUUGUUGCCAUGACGAUGUAAUGUCAACAAACCCUAAAAUAGAAUCACGCAGAAGUAAACGUUUACAGGGUAAACUUUGACAGCGGUGAAUGGGAGACCACAGCAAAUAUUAUUUUCACUUAUCCAUUUGCUUCAAGAGCAAAAGAAAAAGUCCACUAUUACGUUUGAAUGACUUUCCAGAAGAGGAAAAAAAUAGAGAGCGGUGGAUUAAGACAGUAUGGGAGAUGAUGUCAAAUUUACUGUCACUCUCUCAGCAGCUGUAAUCGAACCCACCUCGCAGCUGUGGUAAUUAUUUUUUUAAAACUAAUUCCAGGGUAAUAUAACACAAAGAAUAAUGUUAUAAACUUACACUAAAUAUUUGAAAAAUUAUCAUAUAAAAAAGUUUGCUAGAUUUACGCAGCUAAAUAAGGCGGAAACGCGUAAUUGCAGUCUGUGAAAAAGGUCUGUGGCUGUAAAAAUUGACAAUAGAGCGCAAGAGUGACCGCCCGCUUUUUCUGCCGUCUGGGUUCUGGAAGUAUUUUCCCCAUUUCUUCCUUCCAUAGACUUUUAAUAAAAUCCUUCAUAAAAGAGUUGUGAGCCAUGAACCAAACCAACCAGCUCCGAGGUGAAUCACAACAUCACGAACUUUGUUUGGAGGCAAAAAAGUAUUUGAAAAUCUGACAUAAAGACAAAGGUACAAGGAUCUGUACUUGUGUUUCAUGAGGGCACGAACUACAAUCCCAUGAAGCAUUGCGAAUGAUGUCAUUGAAUAAAAAAAUGAUGGGAAUAUAUAAAACUAUUGAUUUUAGGUUAUUGAUUAUAAGUAAAGAAACAAUAUAUUUUACGUUUAAUGCAAAAUAUCCCGAUAUGUAAAAAUAUUUAAGUAGUUUAAGGGUGAAGGGAGACCGACUCGAUUACGUCAUUCAUAGUGCAUCAUGGGAGCGCGCGGUCGCUCUGAGUCAUGUUUUGCGGGUUUCGUUGGAUGUGAUUCUCUGAUUGGUGGAGCUUUCUCUGCUGUAUCAUGGGUAAUGUAGUUGUUUACCAUGGAUUCCGCUAUCAAACAUGAGCAAUACAAUUUAAUUACAGUAUACACCUAUAUAUGGCGCCACGCUGUGACGUAGAACAAUUGAUAAAAGUAGUUAAUAUUAACAUUACACUUGCUUGUAGAUGGCUUUAGUUAUGAACCCAAGAUCAUCAUAGACAUGUUGGUCAGUGCCUAUAUUGUAGGCUUUCUUUUAUCAUAAGAUAUCAACUACAGAGCAAUACAAUUUAAUUACAGUAUACGCUUAGCGCCAAAAUUCAUAUGCUCUAAAGUAAAAAAAUAAUAAUGUUCUUGACAAUCUGGGAGCGUAGUGGGAUAGAGAAAAUAAUAGACUUACAAAAUUAAGCAUUACAUCAUUUGUGUAUUUCUAUAUAUACACUUAUAUUUUCUAUUCACUUUUUUUUUUUUUUUACAUGUAAUUUUUUGUGUUUUUUAUCUGUCAUGUUGUUGUAUUGUUUGUGCACUGGAAGCUUCUGUCACCAAGAAAAAUUCCUUGUAUGUGUAAGUGUACUUGGCAAUAAAGCUCAUUCUGACU